GCAGAGGGACGGGAGAAAGAGGAGAGAGAGAGAAGAAAGAGGGAGAAAGAGGGAGCUCCGGGAGAGGGAUCGAGGGGAAUCCAGGUCACAGACAAGCAGCCUCACCACCCUGGAGGACUCCCACUGACUCCGGACUAAGGACCGGCUGGAAACCCUGGCCUGGCAGAAGACUUGAAAAUGAAGAUCUAAUGAGGCCCCCAUCUUGUAUGUGGAGGAUGAGAAACUGUCUUGAAUUCAUCUCUCCAUCCUAGGCCCGUCUGCUUGUCCUGUAGCGUCAUUGGAUUCUUACAGCUAACUCCUCUCCUUCCCCAAAUAAUGAUGCAAGAUCAGUUGGUUUAGUUCAUGAGAUCUUCUGCCCGUGAGCAUGUUCCUUUGAGAAGGUGAAUUCAGAGAAUACAAGAAAACAGAAUGGUUACUAAUCCAUGACUCCCAACAGUAUGUCAGGGUACAUACCCAGUUACUUAGACAAGGACGAACUAUGUGUAGUAUGUGGUGACAAAGCCACUGGGUAUCACUACCGCUGCAUCACUUGUGAAGGCUGCAAGGGUUUUUUUAGGAGAACCAUUCAGAAAAAUCUCCAUCCAUCCUAUUCCUGUAAAUAUGAAGGAAAAUGUGUAAUAGACAAAGUAACAAGAAACCAGUGCCAGGAAUGUCGCUUCAAAAAAUGUAUCUAUGUUGGCAUGGCAACAGACUUGGUGCUGGAUGACAGCAAGCGGUUGGCAAAGAGAAAGCUGAUAGAAGAGAACCGCGAGAAGAGGCGCCGGGAAGAGCUGCAGAAAACGAUUGGCCACAAGCCAGAACCUACUGAUGAGGAAUGGGAGUUGAUCAAAGUUGUCACCGAAGCACAUGUGGCCACCAACGCACAAGGCAGCCAUUGGAAACAGAAAAGGAAAUUUCUGCCAGAAGAUAUUGGCCAAGCACCAAUUGUAAAUGCCCCAGAAGGUGGAAAAGUGGAUUUAGAAGCCUUCAGCCAGUUUACAAAAAUUAUCACACCAGCAAUUACAAGAGUGGUGGAUUUUGCCAAAAAGUUGCCUAUGUUUUGUGAGUUGCCAUGUGAAGAUCAGAUAAUCCUCUUGAAAGGCUGCUGUAUGGAAAUCAUGUCCCUCAGAGCUGCCGUGCGCUAUGAUCCAGAGAGCGAGACUUUAACCCUCAAUGGGGAAAUGGCAGUGACACGGGGCCAGCUGAAGAAUGGGGGGCUUGGGGUGGUGUCUGAUGCCAUCUUUGACCUGGGCAUGUCACUGUCUUCAUUCAAUCUGGACGACACUGAAGUGGCCCUCCUUCAGGCAGUCCUGCUCAUGUCUUCAGAUCGCCCAGGACUCGCGAGUGUCGAGAGGAUAGAAAAGUGUCAAGAGGGUUUUCUGCUGGCCUUUGAACACUAUAUCAAUUAUCGAAAACAUCACGUUGCACACUUUUGGCCAAAACUGCUGAUGAAGGUGACUGAUCUGCGAAUGAUAGGAGCCUGCCACGCCAGUCGCUUCCUGCACAUGAAGGUGGAAUGCCCCACGGAACUCUUUCCACCAUUGUUCUUGGAAGUGUUUGAGGAUUAAAAUGACUGGAUUGUUUCUCAUAAUUCCUACAGCACUACUGGGAGUCAUUUCAUUCCAUUGCCUAGCUCUUUUUGUUUGUUGGUUUGUUUCUUUUCAUUUGGGGGAGGGAGGGUUUUUUUUUGGUUUGGGGUUUUUUUUUUUGGUGCAGACAUGGAUGAAAAUAUCCCUUUAAUGCGGGUACUUGUGACUAUUGCAUUUUGUUCUUCAGUCCUUUGAUGUGAAUGCUUUGAAAGUUUAUCAGUGAACAAGAAAUCACCAAGUCACCAGCAUAAAGUGAUCACCAGCUCUCGUCCAGCCCUGAUCUGAGAGGAGAGGAAUCAGCAGAACACCCAGGAAACUGGAAGGCCUCUGAAAUGUUGUCAUUCUGACCCUGUAAUGACUUUUUCCAGUCAUACCUCAUUUUACUGGGCACAAAUCAUCUUAUGAGUAGAUGCAUCUUCUCGGUUUUUUCUUGAUCAGUCUGAAGAAAUCAUGACCAUAUUCCUUGAAAAUUAUAUUUAUCCUGGCCAUGUUUGCAGCAUUUUUGGGCUCACAUUCAUAUGAGUAUUUGUGUCCUAUAAAAUCAGAUAUACUUGUCA